GUUGAAGGCUUAACAAUCAUUAAGACCUGUAGGGAGUUGGCUGGGAGUUUUCCUGUAUUAACUCUUUGAUUUUAUUUCCCAGUGUUCUCCGAGAGCAACGCAUCCUGCAGCUGGCGAAGAUAGAAAAUUGCCCCUUCCUGACUACACUAUUUGCCUCCUUCAGAACAGAACAUUAUAUCUGCCUUGCCAUGGAUUUUGCUGAAGGAGGAGACUUGUUAUCCCUAUUAGGGGACCAUGCAAUAUCCCAGGAGAGAGCUGUAUUCUACUCAGCCUGUAUGGUCCUUGGGCUGAAGUUCUUGCACGAUCGCAACAUCGCCCAUAGGGAUAUAAAACUAGAGAAUGUCCUACUGGAUAGAGAUGGAUAUGCCAAACUUACUGACUUUGGCAUCAGCAAGGAAGGAAUUGGAUUUUCGGACAUUACCAAAACCCAAUGCGGAACUGCAUUUUAUAUGGCCCCAGAAAUCUUUACAUUUCCCCAGUACACAAGAUCAGUGGACUGGUGGGCACUGGGAGUGGCCAUUUAUAGAAUGCUUGUCGGCAAGUUUCCCUUUGAGGGAGAGAAAAAAGACAGGAUUAUUAUAAAUAUAACCUGCAGGCAGCCGACAUACCCACCCGACCUGCCUGUGGAAUCCCGCAAUAUCUUGGUACAACUGCUGAAUAAAUCCCCAGAGGAACGCCUUGGGUCGGGCAUAAACGGCACUGAGGAUAUAAUGAACAGUGAGUUCUACAAGGGAUUUGACUGGGAGGCUUUACAGAGAAGAGAAGUUCAGCCUCCAUUUGUUCCUACAGUCAAAACUUCAUUCUUCAGUUACUUCAGCUUCGGAAGCCGUGCGCUGCCUCCACCAAUCUGGCCAAUAAGGCUGUUAGAAGACACCAAAAUGGCCUUAAAAGAACUAGAUUGUGGAGAAAUGUCAUCUGAUACGGAGACAUGAGGCGUCAGCGCGAACUGAGCGGCGAUACGGACUUUACCCUGUAGUUGCAUAAGAAAAGAUAAAGCAGACCCCACGAUUGUGGGGGGGACCCGGGCUGGCCAUUUAGGACAGAGAAAGAGCGCCCCCCGGGACCCUGCCCGUGCCACGAAACGGACAAGCACGGGGGGGUGGUGGAGGGACUGCAGAGUGCAACUCAGGGUGCAAAGGUGGAAGGUGAUUGGAUCAAGGGUGAUGCCACAGAGGACAGAAAUCAGUUUCAAGCUGCUGCCAAGUAGGAAAAGGCAUCUAGUUGAAUGAAUCGUUAAUUAAAGAUCACUUUUUAACAGAUAAAA